CCACUUUAAAAACACUCGUAGGACCUUUACUUAUUUAUCAUAAGAGAAGCAGGAACAUAAUUACCCUUUCCUUCCACUCACAAUGGCUAAAGGAAGCUCCUUCAAAAGAAGACUAUGCAUCGUACUUAAUAUUCUGCUAGGGUUCUUAGGACUGGGCUUGCUUCUGGUUGGGAUUGUGAUGAGCACUUUUAAGACUGAGCCACUGAUAAGCGGUUAUUACUGGCAAGAUGGAACUCACAGUGUGAUCUUCAGCAUUGGAUUUGGAUUGGCAACCGUUCUUCUCUCCAUCCUAGGAGUGUAUGGAGCAUACAAAGAGCAUGUCCUGGCCCUCUGUUUGUACAGUAUUUUCGUGGGUAUUGAAUUCGUUGCCCUUUUGGCCCUGACAGUCAUAUCCAUACUCUUAGAGCCACGGGUGGAGAAGAAAAUUGAUGAGAGUUUUCGAAACAUGACCUCACUUUAUUAUACAGAUGAAGUCUUCCAUCGUGAGCUCAGCAAACUACAGCAGGAGGCCGAGUGCUGUGGUCUGUUAUAUUACGGUGAAUGGAACAAUCAGAUACCGUCUUCAUGUGACUGUCCUCAAAACUACUCAGACAAAGAAGCCAGAUGUACAAAAGUCAGUGAGUCGAACAAAAAAGCUGGUACUGAGCCGAAGACCUUCCGCUACGUCCAUAAGAUGAACUGCAGCUUGAUCUUAAUGAGACAUGUGAAGAAAGCUUUGAGGAUCCUCUAUGGAACAGUAUUUACUUUAGCAACUAUUAUGCUGGCUGCUCUGAUUGUGGCCUUGUUCCUGGGGCAGAAAAUCAACACGCACUCAUCACACACAGGCACCUCACACAACAGAAAGAAGUACGAACUCCAGCAACACAGAAAGACCUGAUGUGAUCUUUAUAAUAUACUGAAAAGCUGUACAUGCAAAACAAAAGAAUGUUGCCAGUAACGUUACAAUCCUCACAGUCUAUUUGCUAUUAAUAGCUAAUAAUGGCUGCCUCAUUCUGUAUCUAUUAACCAUUAUGGAGGUACAGUUGUAAUGUUGAUCAUUUAUGUCUUCACAUGCUGGAAAUCCUCCAAACAGCUGGUGUACAUGUGAAUUAGCGAGGAAAGAAAUUGGGUUAAUCUUUAGGAUAUAAGAAUACAACUAUUUCAUUUUUUGAAGGUUAAUUAGAAACACUGAGUUUUAUUUCCCUAAUUAGUUGCACCUGUAGCUUCUAUUAUAAGAGUAUAAAUCUUUGUACGGAAUAUAUGUUAUUGUUAUGUUAUGCUUUUGUAAAAAACAUAUUAUUUCUCCAAGAAUAAUAAGGAGAAAUAGUAAUUCACAGAAAACAAUAUCUCAUUUUAAACAAAAACGUUCAUCUGAGAUUAAUUAAUAACAUUAAAUAAGUUUAUAUUUAAAUAUUUCUGAUUUUUUUAGUGAUCACAGGACCAAAUUCUUUGGUCAUUUCAACAUUUUGUUUACGUUAAUGUCAAAUUAAAGUCAAAUUCAUAUUUUGUCACAUACACGACAGUACACAGUAUGACAUGUAGUGAGUGAAAUGCUUUAUCGACUGUCUGUGUCGUAAAAACAGAAUAGAAAUAUUUCAAAUGAAAAUAAAAAUACAA